GAGAGAGGGAGGGAGGGAGAGACAGAGAGACAGAGUUUCCUGUUUGUGUGCAUUGCCUGGAUUCAAAAACCCCAGUCAAGCCUGCAUUCCUUCAUAAGAUGCAGAUGUGUUAAAGGUACCCGAAGGAAUCUUCUGCAGAGACGAUUUACCCUGUACCCUGGAACAAUAUACUGGUGCCUUUGUCCGUGCAACUCGCGGAGAUGAAUUUCUUCAUCCACUGCGUUCUGGCGAUAUCACUCACCCCGUAUCUGACUUCAGGAGGGAGUUCGGCGCCUCCUGCUGGAGACUUAGCCAAUUCAGAGACAACCGGCGAUCAGGGACUGGGGGAGGUCCAUUCGAUUCGACAUAGGGAGAAGCGCUGCUCCUGCAGCAACAUGCAAGACACAGAGUGCGUUUAUUUCUGCCAUGUAGGCAUUGUCUGGGUCAACACACCAGGGCAAGUUGUUCCAUAUGGACUGGGGAACCCUCUGAAGCGUCGGAAACGAGAACCGAGUCGAUGUUCAUGCGUCAAGGGCAGCGACGCGAAGUGCCGGACAUUCUGCCAGUCCCCAAUCAGAGUGCUUCGACGUACCGGGAACGCGAGCGUCGGAAUGUCCCGGAAAGCGGCAGGGAAGCGGACGCGGAGAGUGCCAAAUGAGGAUGGCCUGAAAGGUGCCUUGCGAGAGUUGGAAAGCUAAAGGAGAAGCAACGUGGCAAGUGGAAAGA